AAGGCAUGGGGAAAACUGUAAAUUUUUUCGACCAUCCGUACUACAAACUCACGAAGACUAUGACGAGUCUCGUGGGACAAUGGCCUCAUCAGAGUACGAAAGAACUCGUCAUUUAUCGCAGCUGUUUAUUCGUUAUCAUCAGCCUUCAAUUAACACCACAGUUCAUUGCUGUGUACACCUAUCGCAACGAUUUGAAAAUCCUUCUGGACACUUUGAGCCCUUUCCUCGUGGAUGCCAUACUAAUAGCGAAAUUCGUGAAUAAUUGCUUUCAUUCGAGGACAUUGAUUCAUCUCUUGGAUUUGAUCGAGGAAAAUUGGAUCAUCUUUCCCCGAACCAACGGACAACAGUUGCUGCACUAUCACAGCGAACUCUGCAGGAAGGCUUCGAUUCUAUAUUUGGGGGCUGUGUACUUCGGCACUUUCAGCUUCGCCACGGAACCAAUUCAACGGAAGCUACUCUACCCUCUUAUCUACGGUAAUGUAACUGUUGAAAAAACGUUCGCGAUGCCGAUGGAAUUCAGCUCUUUACUCGACGUUGAUUAUUGGUACUAUCCAAUCUUGCUGAUAUCUACGGGCUUCAUAUUCGUGUUCAUGACUGUCGUUGGCUCCUGCGAUCUACUGCUUUUUCUGUAUUCUGAACAUGCCGUCGGAUUAUUCCAAGGAUUACGGUAUGCAAUAGAACAUCUGCCUCCGCACAACAAGUCUGAGAGAAGUGACUUCGGUUUUGAGUACUUGAAGUGCUGCGCAGCAAUUCACAGCCGUGCAAUAUAUUUUGCAGAGCAAGUCAGAGACAUCUACCUCUGGACAUUCUUUGCGGUCAUCGGACUGAAUAUGAUCAUGAUGAGCAUAACCGGUGUGCAGGUGGUCAUUAAUCAGGAUGCUAUAGAGAAAGUCAUCAAGUAUGCUAUAUUCGUGGUUAUGCAGAGUGUACAUCUAUUCGUUGAGUGCUACGCAGCUCAACGACUUAUGGACGCCAGUUACGAGGUUAAAGAGUCUCUGACAAAUUCAGCCUGGUAUGACGCUACAAAGAAGACCCAGAAGUUGCUGCCUCUGAUGCUCAUGAGGAGUCAAUCGCCGAUCGUCUUGACAGCUGGAAAAAUAAUCGCCAUGAAUAUGGACACUUACGCUGUGGUCCUCAAGACAGCGGCAUCAUACUUCACACUAUUCCUGGCAAUACAAUAAAAAUACUCCGAAAUGUAUUAAAUAAACUGUUAAUUAUUAAAACGUUAGAAUAUCGAAUGACUCAUUUAUCCACAAUUACCAG